GCUUUCGUUGAUUGUUGUUUAGCCAGAUUAUCAUCCACAUGGAAGAUUAUGUUAAUUAUUUUAUCAAACUUCGCCUGAGUUGACUCUAGUUCUUAUUUCUCGACAUGGCGGACAGUGGAAAAUGUGAUGCUACCUCAAACCAAAAUAACCGUUUGGUUAUAUUCGACUGCGAUAUUGGCACGGACGAUGCCUGGGCCCUGGCUAUGAUGCUCCGGGCGGAGGAUCUGUUGCUGCCUGACGGAAGACGCAUUAAAGUGGUGGCCAUUACCUGCGUCCAGGGCAACACGGAUGUCCACAAUGGAACACUAAAUGCCUUGAGAAUCGCUACAACGCUGAACAGAAGAGAUGUACCAAUUUACAAAGGCUGCGCUAAUCCCAUAGUGCCUCGGACUUGGAACUACACUUAUCGCUUUCAUGGCAUGGACGGUCUGAACGACAUCGGUGACUAUCCAAACAUAGACGGAUACACAGAGAAGCCAGAACACGCCGUGAAUGCCAUGUACCGCUUGGUCUGUGAAUUUCCCGGUCGUGUCGAUUUCCUUCUGCUGGGACCCUUGACAAACUUUGCCAAUUGCAUUAACCUUUAUGGAGACGAUUUUCUGGACAAAAUUGGCGAUGUUUUCAUAAUGGGUGGUAAUUACCAAGGCAAAGGGAAUGUGUCCAAGAGCGGAGAGUUUAAUUUCAUGAUGGAUCCAGAGGCGGCGCACAUUACCGUGGAAAAUUUGAAAAAGCCUGCACUUAUCCUACCCUGGGAGCCCUGCGUCGAUGGCGAGUUCGGAGUGAGUCUCGACUGGCGGCUAAAUGUCCUUGGAGCUGUUGAUCAUCCAUUCGUGGAGCUUCUGACCAAAGUGGAGAGAUCCAUGCUGGUUCCCCGAGGCUUUGAGAAGUGGAUUAGCUGCGAUUCCCUCCUUGCGGCCGCAUAUCUAUUUCCGGAGGCGAUGAUUGCCGAUCAGAAAGAGUUCUAUGCCACUGUGGAACUUUCCGGAAUCCACACCAGAGGUCAGAUGGUGCUCGAUCACCUGCGUGGCCGCAAAGUGGACUCCAUCCAUGGCAAGAAAUUCAACUUGAGGAUCAUAAGACGACUUCAUUCGGAACCCUUCCGCACAAUUAUCAGCUGGGCAGGAUAUCUGCCCCAAGCAGACAUCGCGAAACUGUGUCAGCCCAAAGCAUAAACUACCUCGACAACUUAAAGCUGUUUAUAAUUCUUAAGCCUACCUUGACGCUAUAAAGGUUUAAAAUUCUUAUCGUGUGAUCUGUCGUGUGUCGACUAAUAUCAAUAAGGACUAUCGAUGAUGAA